ACAGGAGUAUUCUCUGCACUUCCGGACAAUUUAGAACCAUUUUGAAAGCAGUGUUUCGACAAAUGACUUUGCAUUACUUCAAGGACGAGCGAACAUGACUCUUACAGGAACUGAAAACGAUCAAAAAGACCGAAACCAACCACCCACGACACCGUCCGUCCCGAUGCGUGAUGUGAGAGAGAAGAAUAGCAGAACAAGCAACCCAUGUCCGAAAACGAGGACCGUGGAACGUCUCGUGAAGCUGUACUUCAGUAUAGACUUGGAGGAAAUUCUUCUCUUUUUUUGGGAAAAUGAAAGGGUUGGUUGUGGUCACCUCCAAGGCCAUCGUUGGCCACAACGGUGGGCCGUUCAAAGGGGGCUUUGUAGUUUCGCAGGAAACAAUCGGAUUAUCAAUCAAGAUUUUGGAUCCGGGAGGAGCGGAACGCCGGCGAGCACGUGGUCUACGACGGAGGCCCCCGACGCUUUACGGCGUACGGACGGACACUUCCAUCAAAUCAUACCGUCUUGUGACCAGCCGUCUUUCAGCAAAACGUACUCAAAAGUGGAACUGCAAACUUUUAUUGAUAACAGACCUGCUUGAAGUUCCUCUCGUGGGGGUUUUGACGUCCACCGGUGAGCAAACUCCACGCGGGCUUUCACGUGUUCGUGUGUCUUGCACCGAGGAGCGCUGCAGCGAUGGUCGACUUUCUAGAACGUUCUCCCAUCUCCCGACUGCAUCUCCGGAGCUACGCCGCAGUGAUCUCUGGGUUCUCCGUCACCUCUCUCACCGAGGCUCUCCUGCCCCAGUCGGUCGGGGCCUCGGCCAGAUCUGCGCCUUGCCGCAAUUCCGUCUCUCGGCUCUUCGGGCGGUUCCUUUGACCUCGUGAUUCUCAUUUGCUCUGCCGCGCCCCGUGAGCUGUGAGGUCUUCUCUAGACGGGGGUGUGGCUUUCCUCCUCGAGUCCAAUCGGUAUCACCAAACACAGCUGGACUCCCGUCUCAAGGAUGCUCCGAAGAAACGGACAGCACCCGACUUCGAUAUUUGAGUGUCACAGCAAAGGGUCUGAAUGUGUGAUAUUUCAGUUUUUCUUUUUUCAUAAAUGUGUUUUUUUCCCCUUUUUUCUGCGUGUACAUUAAUGAGGGAAACAUGACUGACAAAUGGCAGCAACAUAACCAAGAGUGCGAAAUUGAAGGGGGUCCGACUACUUUCCGUCCCCACUGUAAACCGCAAUUGGCGUGUUCAAUACUUAAUU